AUGGUGCUCGUCGGAGGCACCGGCCCUUGCCUCCUUGACUUCACGGAGGCAACGGGUCGCAAUGGCUGGACCCUCACUGCCGGAGCGAGCUGGACCGCCGACUUCGGAGCGGAUGCCUUGGUCGCCAGCGGCGCGCUUCUCCAGGACUUCCCGCGGCAGUGUGGUGCGCUAGAGGCGGCGUCAACGGCUUUCCAGUCGAGCGAUGCCCUGGAACUGCCAUCGGCCUUUCCUGCAGCCAGCCUCCCAGCUGUGCGCGAUGAUGUGACAACGCCUUUCACCGUGGCACUGUGCUACUGUGGCUCUGUGGGGUCAUGCUCUGAGAGAGAAGAUUUCGUUCAAGCUUUCGGGCGCCUGUACAUGUGGGUCAUUCACCUUUGCGAUCGCGACGAUUCAACCUGUGAUACCUCCUACUUGCGCGUGGUGCCACAGCAGCGGUUCGUGACAAAGAUCUUUUGCCCACCCGGGGGCGCCUGCUUGAGCGGGACCUUGAAUCGGAUCAAGUUCUUGGAGGCCGGAGAUGCUCCGCCGCGGCCGACCUGGCGCACCGACAACCUUUGCCAGCAGCAGCCGCGGGAGCCCUCUUCUGUCGCGUGGCCAUCUGCAGGGGACAGCCUCUCGCUGGACGGCGGCUUCCGAGUUGAUUACAAGGUGUGGUCGACCUUCCGUGUAAAGCUCGUGGCGCCUCCGAAGACCACGUUCGUCGUCUGCUACUGCAACGAGGGCUGCGAGUCUGCGGAGAGCUGGCUUCAGGUGGGCAGCGUGCAAACGGUCCUGGCUUAUGCAUUGGCGGCCCGGACGCUUGGUGUGUCACCUUUCUCCGUGCCAACGGAAACCAUCCGGUAUGUGAACAAGCCAGGUAGCUUCACGCUCUUCAGCGGCAUCAAAUCUAGUGCCACCCCACUCAGCUUCGACGGAAACCGAUUUCAAGGUGAUGCCCUCCUGAAGUUGCUUUCCUUGGACAAUGAGGUGGGAGCUGCAGGAGCGACACUGGUGGACACCUACGGUGUCAGGACCAAGGGCCAAGCCGAGCUCCAAAGCGCCUUGGAUGGCGAGUGCGGCACGCGGGACUUUCCUCAGACCUUGGUGGAAGGUCUGCAAAGCGCAGAGGAUGCCGUCGCUCAUCGUGCUAGCGCCACCGACCUCAGCAGCCACUUCGCCUUCGCAGGCGCGAACCAGGACUUGACGCUACGGCCAAUGAAGGCGGGUACUCUUGUCGCCUGCUACUGCGGUGCGAUCUCCGUGCAGGGCACCUGCGGCGCCACGUGGUUAUUUGCAGGGCUUCUGCAGAUUGCCGGCCCCGCGGGUGGACAGGCUUGGGUGUUUCCGACCAGACUUCUCGUCGGCCUGCACGACAUUACAGGCUGGGGCUUCAAGGUCACAGACAACCUUCGCCUGGUCACAUCAAGUGCGCUUUGCGAUGGGAGCGACGUGCCCGGAAGUGCGUGGAAUCCAGAAGGUACCACUGCCAUCAAGGUCGGAUGCCCCUAUGGCAUCAAUUCCUCCAAGGUCUGUGAGCCGUCAUCGGUGAACGAGAUGUUGCCCGUGCAGCUUUCUGACAACCUCCGGACUGGAGUCAGCAUCGUGCACUGGUUGAUCGAGGGGCCGCACAGCAGCGUGCUGACGUUUUCCAGCCCGGUGACGGGCCUCCUGCGAGACGGCGAUGCAAUCUACAUCGAGCCGAACAGCAUUCUCGUCGACGGCCGAGGUCUCGCUGCCAUGACGGAUACGGAAAAAUUCAAUGCUAUGGCUCUGACAGGGAUGGGCCAGUUCCAGGAUGAUGGCACGAACUUUCUGCGGCACUGGCAUUACGUCCAGCUGCUGACCGCUAAUGAAAAUGGCCUGUCAGCAACAUCGAAGGUACGAAUACCUGUGGGGUGGCCGGAGGAUGUGGAGAGGCCAGUCAUCGAGCUGGCCAGCAAUCAGCUGCAGUGGUAUCGAAGCAACGUGAUGAGCUCGCAGGAGGAGUUCAGAGCAAACGGCGUUGUGGCGGACUUGAAGGUGUGCUGGGCACCAAACGAAAACGGGCUCUCGUUCUUCUACGGCGAUGCGGGAAGGGCCACUUUCGCUGAGCCGCCCGAGCUCCUAGGUGCACGGCUUGCUCUGACGACCCGCCUUUCAGGAGCAUCAGGGCAGGUGCUGAUAUCGUUCUCGCCAACGAGAGCGGUGGCCGAGUACCGGCGCUCCGUCGGGCGCAUGCUGCUGGUGAUCCGCUUUUUGGACACAGGCAAGUUGCGGCUGGCCACCACUGCUGCGCAAGGCAGGUCCCAGGCCGCCUGCGGCCUGCUCUUCCGAGAGCUUUGGUCAGAUGCAUUGGGCAGCUUUCCCGUGCCACGAGGAUGCUGGCUUGAGGAUGUGGGUGCCAAUGGGGAGACCGGUCAGCAAGAGCUCUCCAUCUUAUUCGAGCGCUUCUCUGGGCUGCGAAACCGAUGCGGCACCAGCUCUUGCACCUACCAGUUGGUGCUGGACGCAGUGGCGGUGAACCUGAUCCCACUGGAAGAGGUCUUGGACCUGGAUGUAGCUUGCUUCUAUGCUGAUGGAGGCUGUGCGAAGCGCUACCAGGUUUACGAGCGAGCAAGUGUGGAGCUGCGCGAGGGAGGCACCGAAGCGGCUCCGAGCGCCAGCUCGGGGCUCGAUCUUGAGCUCCAGAACGCAGACAGUGAGAGGGUACAGCACCUCGUCGCUGGGGCGGUAAAUCUGACACUGAGCCUCUCGGCAUCAAACCUUCCUGGCAUCGAGCAGGGCAGCUACCUCCGUUUGUAUCUCCUGCCCAUCACACAGUGGAGUUUGCCCAUCGGCGCAUGCAGCUCCUCUUGUGCCGCUUCUCCGGGCUAUGACUGUGGGAUCCCGGACUGCUUGGUCGAGCAACUGCUUCCCAUGGUCUUCCGGAGCUACCUGGAGCGCUACGUGGUCCUGCGGGUGCAGCUGCCCGCGACUAUGGACACUGCCGUAGGCAACAUCGUGCACACGCUGUCCAUCUUGAGCUUGCCGAAUCCGACCACCGAUCUCUUUCCGAUGCAGCUCCCAGCUCAGCUUAGCAACAGUGAGGAUGCGGAGCCGCAGUACCUUCCAAACGUUGGCUAUCUCUCCUACCUCUCAGAAGGAAGCCCAUCGUCCCUGGCGCGGAUACUGCAAACUGGGCGAGAGGGCUCGGGACCUCGACCGUUCGUCGGCCAGCGGAACAUGCUCUACGUUCAGAUAGGCUUCGGUGCGACUACUGGAGGAGUCACCACGCUCGAGCUGCAUCCUCCUGCUGGGUUGGCAUGUCAAGUCCUCGACGGGGGCCACGUGCCUCAUGAGUUGGACAACAGUACAGUGCUGGUGAGUGAACUGCCGCUGGCUGGGGGCGAGAUGGCUCCCUUUGACGAUGACGUGCAGACCCUAUUUCUGCUGGACCGGAACCUGGACGGCUUCCCCGACUUCGUUCGAGGAGAGUUGGGCGCUUCCGGGGAGGGCUCUUGGCUGACGUCUAUGGGAAUGACACACUGCCUCUACACGUUUGCAGCUGGCCAAAAGAUGCAUGCCGGGCAGCGCGUCUUCUUCACCCUGCAGACACUGAACCCACUGGAGCCCAUGACGCAGCUCUCUGCCUCUAAUCAGUGGAAAGUGCGGCUAUCAAGCGCCGGCGAGCAGCUGUCGAGCACUACAUAUGCCCUCGCCUGGAACUUCAGUGCGUCAGCGGAUCCCAUGGAGUCAGACCUUUGGGUUUCGAAUGUUGCUGUUUUGGAGAAGCUGUCUGCGACAAUGCAACCAACCGUCUUCACGGUCAGCAGCCAGAACAUCCUGAACGUCUUCAUAUCCUUGGUCCAAGACCUGGGCCCCAGCGGCACCAUCGUGAUAGAUGCGCCUGUGGGCUUCGACUUUACGGGCUGCGUCCCCAGUCAUCUGAACGACCUGAUCUACAGCACUGAAGGUUUGGGAGGCCAACCGGGGGGGGGGGGGGCUGAUCUGGGGGGGACGGGAAAAGAGUGGCUAGCUGCUGGUCUCUGGCGGAAAUACUCUGGCUUUACCAGCCUGGAAAUGACGACGACUAGUAGUAGUAGUAGUAGUAGUAGUAGUAGUAGUAGCAGUAGUGUAGCAGUAGCAGUAGCAGUAGCAGUAGUAGCAGUAGCAGUAGCAGUAGCAGUAGUAGUAGUAGUAGUAGUAGUAGUAGUAGUAGUAGUAGUAGUAGUAGUAGUAGUAGUAGUAGUAGUAGUAGUAGUAGUAGUAGUAGUAGUAGUAGUAGUAGUAGUAGUAGUAGUAGUAGUAGUAGUAGUAGUAGUAGUAGUAGUAGUAGUAGUAGUAGUAGUAGUAGUAGUAGUAGUAGUAGUAGUAGUAGUAGUAGUAGUAGUGUAG